CUAAAAAAUACUGUUUUGAUAGAGAUUCGCUCAUCUUUCCAUGUAGGAAUGUAGUUGCAGUUCUAAACUAAAAAAAUAUUUAAAAUGAGCGAAAGGAAACGGUUUCUUACGCCUCCCAUUAGAAAAAUCAGUGCUCAUAAAAAUAAUGAAACUGUAUUGUCUACCACAAUGUGUCCUGAAGGACCUUCUUAUCCUGCCUCUACUAGUGGAGUAAAAUCUCAGGUGGUAGAAGCAGAAUGUGAUCUGCUGUACAAUGAUUAUUUGCAAUCCUUACUUAAGUACGAAAUUAUUACAAAACAAAUUAAAGAACAGAAAAAUGUUUUGAAUGGCCAAAUAUUAUUUCAGGAGGAUAAUGUUAGUAAAAGAAAAGAACAAUUAAUGAAGAUACAAGAUGAUACAGAACAUUUAUUAUUGAAAGAAGAAAUAGUCAAAAUGAUAAAACAGUUAGAAGAAAAUAUAAUAAAGUUAGGACAAAUUUACGAAAAUUACCAAAUACAGAACAAUAUAGAAAUAAUUCACGCCAAUUUACAAAAAAAGUCUAGUACCUUAGUUUUAAAAAAUAUACAUCCCAUUGAAACAGAGUUGCAGUAUAAUAGUUUUAUAGACUCGUUAACAAAACUUACGUCUGCAUGUGAAAAAAUUGUUAAUUCUGGAAGAGAUUUUGAUGGGAUCAAUAAUUUAGCCCAACAAUGUAAAAAUUUAAGCCAAAAUGGGAACAAAAUAAAAGAAUUGCAAGAUAUGUUUUCUACAUUACAAGUUCAUGUUAUCACUAGUUUGUUUCAACAAUUAUCAGAUAUAUUUGCUACACAGUAUGAUAAUGUGGAACAAAAAAUUUAAACAAUUAUUUAUAAACAUGUUUUCUAUUUACCUUUUUUUGUACUUUUAUAUAAAAUAUACAUAUAUUAUUACUA